AUGGGCCGGACUCAGCGCACACGUUCCAGAAAAAAAUCGUCCCAAUUCGUCCAAAACAUGGAUCACGAGGAAACUCUAAUUAAUUUAAGGAAAUUCUUGGCACGCAAUGGUUGUAACGACGAAGUCGAUUUGAAACUGCGCAAUUUCCCACAAACGGGGAGAGGGGUGGCCACCACGAAGAACCUUCACGAAAAUGACAUUUUAAUUAGAGUCCCUUAUGACUUAAUGAUUACUUACACCACCCUCAAACGUCUGAAUUUUUUACAAAUUUUCACCCCCUCGAGUAAAUUAACAAUUCAAGAUCUAUUGACCACAUUUCUAAUCUUUGAACGCCACAAAAACGAUUCUUUUUGGAGGGAUUACAUCACUUCUUUACCGUCCCACCCACCCUGGUUGCCCGCCCUCUUGUCCGAGCACCAUUGUGAAUUGCUUCCGGUUGAUCUAAGAUUAGCGGCGAAGAAAUCACGGAGACUUCUGGAAGAGAGUUGGUCAAGAGUAAAAGGAUCGAUAAAGCAGGGUUGGACUUGCAGUUGCUGUGGUAUGAAGGUGGAUCGCGUGUUCGACUUGCAUUCAUUUACUUGGGGGUUUAUUUUGGUCAAUACCCGAGCCGUCUACGUCGACCCGGGGGUUGUCGGUGAGGGCGGCGGCGGCGUUUUAUCAGAUGAACCUUGUAUGGCGCUUUGUCCAUUCCUGGAUAUGUUUAAUCACAGCGACAAGGCCAAAUGUUCAGCUGAGUUGAAAUACGAAGAAGGGAAGUUAUUUUACCAGCUGACCACUCUGACGAGUUACAAGAAGUAUGAGCAAGUGUUCAUUUCGUAUGGAGGUCAUGAUAACGUAAAGUUGUUGAUGGAGUAUGGGUUUUUUAUUCCUGGAAAUUGUAAUGACUGUAUUUCGAUUCAAAGCGAGGAGGUUUUUAGAGUGCUAAGGUUAGGACUUGGCGAAGGACAGUAUAGGUUUAUUAAUAGGCAUGAUUUGAAUAAAGAGUUGUUUGUAGGUGAAUCAGGGCCGUCUUUUAAUUUAAAAGGGUUUCUUUUUGUAGCUUCAAGUAGUGCGAGUGAAGUGAAGGACUUUGCUUCUGUGGUCUAUACGGACAGUUAUCCAGAGGAGUUCUUGAAGAGUGAAAUGAAAGAUAUGUGUCGUAAAUUACUUUUGUGUGAAAUGGCGAAGGUCGAGGAAAGUUUAAGGGGUUUAAAAGUGUUGAAAGUGAAUUCUGUUAUUAUUGAUUUUUUAAAUUGUAGGCAUGAUUUUAUAAAGAAACUUUGUGAAAUGUUGUGAUAAUACAUUUAUUAACGUUU